AUGAAAAAACAGAUGGAAAAAGUCAGCAAGGAGAAAGGAACUUCCGGACUGGAGGAAGAGCCUCCACAGACUGCAGAUGACUACCAGUGCUCCGGCAAUUUGGAAGUGGAUUUCCCAGAGCUGUGUGCUUUAUUUGGCCUGAGGGAAAUCCCUGAUGUGAGACGACUAACAGCAGCAGCAUCUCCAGAAACAGCAAUGGAGAGCAGCCAAGAACAGAUUUCCUCUGAAAGCUAUAUGGCAACCUGGUCUCCUAAACCCUGCCUUCACAUAGAAUUGGAGAAUGAGGACUGUCGGAGCGUAAAGAGAAUCCGAAUAUCUGGAUGGCAGGUGAAUGAGGCAAUGGCUCAAGUCCUGAGUAAGACAUUACCAUCCCUCAGCAAUCUACAGAGCCUAGAGAUGUGGCAGAUUGGAUUGACUAACCCCAUUCUGACCACCUUGAAGAACACAAUUUCUAUGUGCACAAAGAUCAGGACAGUUAAUUUAGAGGGGACCCCUAUUCCAGAAAACAGUUACCAUAUUCUGAUGGGAGAGGACAGUAUGAUAACUCACCUAUCAUUGAGAAACAAUCGCAUAGGAGAAGAGGGAGCACGUCUGAUUGGUUUAGCACUCUCCAAGAAUCUCCUGUCACUCAACAUGGCCUUCAACACUGUUGGUGAUGCGGGUGCUAUUUAUCUUGCACAGGGGUUGCGUUUCAAUUGCACUUUGUUGUAUCUCUCCCUGGCUAAUAAUCACAUCGGUGAUGUAGGAGCAGCCCAUCUGGCUCAGGUGCUUGGUCCAUUUGCUCUGACGCAUGAAGAAAUAGUCGAGAGGAGAAGGCAGUUGAUAAGGAAGGACCAACUGUCAACUCAGUUGAUUAGUGAAGACUCUAAAUGUGAGUCAGUUCUGUCCAUCCCCAGCAGCUCAUUGCUGAAGAGCAACAUCAAAAGCAUCACCAAGAAAAAGGAUACCACCAAAAAGGAUGAGAAGCCUCCAACAACUCAGACAGUGACAACAGCAGGAAAGAAAGAGGACCCCAAAGUAGAAAAGAAAAGAACAUCAGAUUCUAAGAUACCACAAGGCAGAGGUGGAAAAUCAGAAGGAAAAGACAAGCAUCCCUCAGUGAAAGAACAAGAGGUGGGACAUAGCUUUGUACAAGAGACAGAAGAAGUUGUUGAGACACAAAGCCCUUUGCUGAACCCUGCUAUACAGAACAUUAGAGGGAAAGUGAUUUAUCCAGGCAACACAACACUUCUCUCUCUGAACUUGUCAGGCAAUAAACUGACACAGCAGUCACUUCAGAUGUUCCUGUCAUCUGUGGCGUGUCAAGAGAAAACUGGUCUCCAAUAUAUUUCUCUUAAUAGGAACAGCUUUCCUCCAGAUUGUGAGGUCUUCCUAAAACUACAGGAAAUUAUGUCACAUAAGAAUCCUCAAAACAGAACCACCUCAGUUCAGGUGGAGGCUGAGCAGGGACAGGCAGCGUAGCAUAGCAUAGCAUAGCAUAGCAUAAUGACCUUUUAUGCCUCAGAAUUUUACCUCAGAAUUAUCUUUAGAGGCUGUAACAUCACUUGUUUUGUAGUUGCCUCCUAAGUAAGGAAUAAAUCAUACAAAGUAGUGGGGUUUUG